UUUAAUUCAUAGUUUUCCUAUAAUCAAUGUUUGUCUAGUAUGACAUUGUUGUCGGAAAAAGAAGUGAGAAGUAGAGGCAGGCAAUAGCCAAAGCAAUUUUUGGUUCAGAGAAGAUGAAACUAACAUGGAAGAAUAAGGACACCAAGAAGAGGCCUUUAAGGUCCUUAUCUCUAUACCCAGACCUUCCUUUCGAACCCCAAAACGACAAUUCCGAAGCUAAUACGACACACCCUCAACACGAAAAUGGUGCUGCUGAUGACAAUUCAAGCGGCGGCUUGAACUUGAAUUUGAACCAAGACCGCGCCGACCUCUCUGCCUCCGAUGAUCCCUCGGACUCUUCCGACGUUAAGAAACUUGCUCAGUCCUUUCAAGCUCAGGGAAACAAGCUCGCCGAGGAUGGAGAGCACCGUGAAGCAUUGGGGAAAUGGGAGACUGCUCUUAUGUUGAAUCCUCAAAAUGCAGUUUUACAUGAACAGAAAGCUCAAAUUUUACUUGAAUUGGGAGAUGCAUGGAGUGCUUUGAAAGCAGCUUCUCGAGCAACUGAAUUGGAGCCUUCAUGGGCAGAGGCAUGGAUCACCCUUGGCAGAGCACAUUUAAACUUCGGAGAGCCUGAUGGCGCUAUGCAAAGCUUUGAUAAAGCAUUAGCCAUCAAGCCUGAUUGUGAGGAGGUUCAAGAGGAUAUGUGUACCGCAUCAAACCUUGUAAAGAGGCGAAAACAACUUCACUUAUCUGGCUUAAGUUCUACUACGAAUCGCUAUGUGGUUGGUGAUGAGUCUGAAAGCUCCUUAAGCUCUACUACAAAUGGCAAUAUGGUUGGUGAUAAGCCUGAAAGCUUGUGAAAUAGUAUGAAAACAAAAUAGAAUGAUAUAUAUAUAUAUAUAUAUUCUUAAAUUAGAGCAACCUUUUUCAAGAUAACUUUUUAGGUGUACAUAUGUAAAGAUGUUGAACAUGAAAUUGGAAUGGUGGUGGUUGUGAAUUCUUUUGGUUGGCUAUGAUAAGUAAAAUUAAUCAA